UCCUCCGCUUCCUCCCCAACACUCACUUUCUCUUCCAUAUUUCUUUCUCUCUCUCUUGCUUCUCACUUUCAAAGUCUUUCGCAAUAAUGGCUUCCAAUGACCUCAAACAACGAGUCACACUCGAUCCACACACCACUGCCUCCACCACCACUACGAACGACAAGAGGAAGAGCGGAGUAAGCAAACGGGACAAGCGAAUGGUUAUGGCUAAACGCGGCCUCAGGUCACUCGCCAUAGCUGUUUCACUCCCUCUCUCCCUUACCGUUUUAUCCGUUUACCUAGGCUCCUCCAUGAACAACCAGUCACGUGUCCAUGAUGCUGUAACUUGGAGAAAGCCGUUCUGGUUCCCACCCUCGUGGGCCCUUCACCUCACGUGCCUGGCUUCUAGCUUCUUGAUGGGUCUAUCGGCUUGGAUGGUGUGGGCAGAUGGGGGGUUCCAUAGAAACCCCACGGCUUUAUUGGUGUACUUGGCUCAGCUCCUCUUCACUCUGCUAUGGGAUCCAAUUGUAUUUGGGGCAGGGGCAACAAGGUUCGGAUUAAUGGUGUGCUUAGGAUGGUUUGGUGCUCAACUUGGAUGCAUGCGUGUCUUUGGGCGCGUGAAUUCCAUCGCUGGUGAUUUGAUAAAGCCUUGUUUGGCAUGGAGUGCUUUUCUCUUUAUUGUAAAUCUUAAGCUCCUUUUUGUCUGAAACCCAUAGCGUACCAAUCUUGUGGUGUAGUUGGAGGGAAACUAUGUAGAAAUGCUAUGUAAACAGUCACCUUAAUCACAUAUUAGACACACGUGGUGUAUGUAUGUAAAUAAUAUUUUCCAUGUAUUUUGUACUCUGUUUUCUUUUAUUGGGUGAGAUACUUUGUA